CCAGACAGCUCGGGUUUCCACCCGGAGCUGUAACUGUGGUUUCCAGAACCCCAGCUCCGAGCUUCUGCAGUUGCCGGCAGCUACCGGGGGAGAAAACAUGAGUGACGCGGUGGAAGAGCGCGCUCGCCUGCGCCGCUACCCCGAGCUCCCGGUGUGGGUGGUGGAGGAUCAUCAGGAGGUUCUUCCUUUUAUAUAUCGGGCCAUUGGCUCGAAGCAUCUGCCUGCCAAUAAUAUAAGUUUUGUGCAUCUUGAUUCACACCCAGACCUCCUCAUUCCUGUGAACAUGCCAGCUGACACUGUGUUUAACAAGGAAACUCUUUUCAGAGAAUUAAGUAUUGAGAAUUGGAUUAUGCCGGCAGUUUAUGCAGGCCAUUUUUCUCAUGUCAUAUGGCUUCAUCCUCCUUGGGCUCAGCAGAUCAAAGAGGGCAAACAUCACUUUUUUGUAGGCAAAGAUACUUCUACCACAACAGUCAGGGUUACAAGUACUGAUCACUACUUCUUAAGUGAUGGUCUUUAUGUAACUGAAGACCAGCUAGAAAACCAAAAACCUUUACAAUUGGAUGUAAUUAUGGUAAAACCCUAUAAACUCUGUAGCAGUCAAGAAGAAAAUGAUGCAGUGUCUUCUAAGAAGCCAAAGCUAGCAGUGGAAGAGGCAGAAAACACAGCCUCUACUAACUGUGACUCUUAUUCAGAAGGACUGGAAAAUGACUCCAUGACACACAGAAGGGACCAGACUUGCCUAGAACCAUCAUCUUCAUGUUCUUCUGAAAUCCAGGAAUGCCAAACAACUGCAAACACUGAGAAAAUUCUGGAAAUUUUGAAGAAAGGGGAUGCAUUUGUUUUAGAUAUUGACUUGGAUUUUUUUUCAGUCAAAAAUCCUUUCAAAGAAAUGUUUACUCAGGAGGAGUACAAAAUUUUACAAGAGCUUUACCAAUUUAAAAAACCUGCUACCAGCCUGACACAGGAAGAGUUGGUAGACUGUGUUGAUGCUCGAACUCAUCAGUUAGAAGACUUAGAAGCAACUUUUGCUGAUUUGUGUGAUGGUGAUGAUCAAGAAACUGUACAGAAAUGGGCUUCAAACCCUGGAAUGGAGUCACUAGUCCCACUUAUACAGAGCUUGAAAAAACGGAUGGAAGUUCCAGACUAUGAAAUGGUUCACCAGGCUGGUCUAACUUGUGAUUAUUCUGAACUUCCUCACCAUGUCAGCACAGAACAAGAAAUUGACUGCCUUGUUCAGUCAGUCUACUACUUACUGAAAAAUUUACCAAAACCUAUUCUUGUGACAAUUGCAAGGUCAAGUCUGGAUGAUUAUUGUCCUUGUGAGCAAGUUGACAUCAUUCAAGAAAAAGUCAUCAAUGUGUUGCGCUCCCUCUAUGGGACACUAGACAUUCACCUGGCAUACUCAGCAGAUGCUUCAUCGUGAAACAAGGAAACAAGGCUCUUGCUCCACCUUGAUAUCCUAACUAUGCUUUCAUCAACUUAUUCAUAAAAGAGUCUUCCAGAGAAUACUUGGUUAUAAUACUAACUUUCCAGUGUUUUGAAUCUUCAAAGAAAUAGCAUGUUUUGAAUGGCAAUUUGGGGUCAUCAGUUCUACCCCCAUUCAUGGAACUGUAGCUUAUCUUUCUAUCAUUAUCUUCUUUACUUUUGUGACAGUAUUUGGAUUGUUUGUUUUCUUUCCCCCCCCAUUUUAUUUUCAUUUUUUCCCCUUUCCCUUGAGUUGAUUGGACUAUAUGAAAUUAAUUUAUUCACUCAGCCCUUUGACAUUUAUUGAGCACUUACAUAAUUAAGUGCUGGGUAUUUAGUGACAAAUAGAAUACACAAGGGCUCUCUCUGCCACUUCAGGAAUAGCUAAGAGGCAGUGCACAGAUUAUGAGAUUAUUACGUGUUAGGAAGAAAGGUGAACCACAGACAUAUCUUAGGCAGCCUCCCAGUCCUCAGGGCACCCGGGCCUUAUAAGAAAAUAGUAUUCUCAAAAGCUGCUACCAAAUAUGAACUUGCCCAGCCAUUAAAUUGUUACAGGAAUUAUACCUUUUCAAGACCAUUGGAGUGGCCCCAGUUUCUCCCAAGUGUUUUCUGGCAUUGUUGGUAUUAAGGAGCUCGGUUUGAGCAAACUCAACGGAAACAAAAACUAAGCUUUUAAGACUCAGAAAAUUGCUUUAGGAUAUAUUCUGUCACUGGGUAGUCAGUGUGGGUAGCCAUCAUCAUUCUAGGCCCGUAAGUGCCGCUUCACCAACAGUCCCAAGUGGUGAUUUUUACUUCUGGGUUGUUUGUUUGUUUUGUUUUUCUUACAGAAAACCAACUUGUUAGAUUAAUAGGGGGAAAGAGCCCUGUCUCUCAUUUCAAUUUGCCGUAAAUACCUAAGGACACACCUACCUUCCACCAGCCACCAAUGAACCAGAGGCUUUGCCUUAAGCAUGGAACUGUUCAUCUACUUAAUUUGCCAAAGUCUUCCACUCUUCAGUAUGUCUUAGGUUUAGUAAUUAAACCUAAUUAAUUUUAAUUUAGUAAUUAAAAAGUAGACUCACAUUUGAAAGGGGGGAAAAGCAAAAGCAUCACUCUUCAGUUCCAACACAGCAGCCAUUUUCCUUUUUGCAUGUAACUUUCAGGCCUUGGCCAGUUGUGUUCCUGUAGAGUUGCAUGUAACUAAUUGUUUUCUGGCAUUAUAUAAGUUUGAGAUGUGCAUCACUGUAAAUGUGUUACCUUGCCAGAGAGCUAGCUCACCAAAUAAUGCACAUGUGUUGCCAGGCUCAGACCCCAGGUUCAACCCCUAGCACCACAUGAUGGUGCAAAGGCAAAGGAAGAAUCUCUGGAGCUUUGAUGUCUCUCCUCUGUCUAGAGGUACAGGGGGAGGGGAGAGGGAAGGUGGAGAAGAGUUGACUCAGUAGUGGUGAAAUUGUGCAUUUACAAGGACAAAAGCACUUUACCACUGCCAUUCAGUAGGUGGCCCCAGAUCAUAUUUUUCCAGCAAGAUUUUCUUGUCACCAAGUUGAUUUCCCAAGGCUUCUGGUGUGAGAAAGCAAAGCAAACUGAUCUAGCUCUCCAUUCAUGCAACCAAAAAGCUUUAUUUCAUGGUAAAAUCAGAAUUGCAAAACAGUACUGUUAUUUUUAAAUUUGGAAAAUUACAAAGCUCUGUAAAAUAGAUGUUACUUUCAUGAGUGAAUUAUUUUUGUGUACUGAAGGAAAAGAGUGUGUUGAGGUUUUAAAAAUGUAAAACCAGCUAAUAUAGCACUAAUAAAGUGUGUAUGGCCUCUG